CUGUUUAAUCAGUUUUACAACUGUUAAAAAUCUCAGAUUUGUUUCUUUUAUCUUUUCUUUAGGUGGUUUCUUGGAGAGCUAUAUCUCCAAAUGUUUAAACUUUUUCUAUGUUCAUAACUUCAUACCGUUGCAGGUAAGAUAUUGAUAUUAAGUAACUAGUCUAGCAAAAAGGGAAAACACGAUUCGAAGAAAGAAAAGAAAGUAGUUUAUUAACUCUUUCUAGAUUGAAAAUACAUGCAGGGAUGUCUGUAUAAGGAAAAACUUUUAUUCUUUUUCUUUUCUGGGAAAAGAAUCAGGAGUACUUUUGAAUGACUUAAUCUGUUACUGCAGAAACCUUUUGCAUUUUUACUAUUGCUCUAUGAUGUUAAUAAGGCUUCAACUGAUCUAAAAUUUUGGAUCUGAUAUGUUGUCCCUUUAGCCACAACCAUUUGUUUAUUCUUCAUGUAAGGAAAUUAAAAUAGUGGGAAUUUGCUAAAGAUCUUUUGUGAGUUUCAAGCUCUGAUUAAUCUUGUUUGAUGGUUUGUUAUAGGAGAAGUUAUACAAUUUAAGAUUACGACUACAAUGCAAGUUUCUGGGUUGACCCUAAGAGAAAUGUCUUUCUCUGACGUUUGUAGGAGCAACUCAGGUGUGAAAUUGAAGGCUUCAGCAGAGCCUCCAGCACUGACACGGGAGCCUAAAAGUGACAAGCAGGAAAGCAUAAUGGAAAUGGGAAACGGAUGUGAUUUGUUUAAUGAAAUGAAAAAUAAUUUCCUGAGUUUCAAAAAGCAUAAAUACAUGGAAAACUUGGAACUCUUUCAAGCACUUUCCAAGGGUCAAGCUCCUAAAUUUAUGGUGAUUGCAUGUGCAGACUCUAGGGUAUGUCCCUCAAACAUCUUGGGAUUUAAACCAGGAGAAGCCUUCAUGGUUCGCAAUGUUGCGAAUAUGGUGCCCACAUAUGAGAGUGGGCCGUCGGAGACUAAUGCUGCAUUGGAAUUUGCUGUAAAUUCGCUUGAAGUUGAAAACAUUUUAAUCAUUGGCCAUAGCUGCUGUGGUGGCAUUCGUGCACUCAUGAGUAUGCAAGAUGAAGUAGAUUCAAGUAGCUUUAUCAGAAGUUGGGUCAUUGUUGGAAAGAACGCCAAGCUAAGUACAAAGGCUGCAGCUUCCAACCUCAGUUUUGACCAGCAAUGCACGCAUUGUGAGAAGGAAUCAAUUAACUGUUCGCUGUUAAACCUGCUUACAUAUCCAUGGAUAGAAGAAAAAGUGAAGAAAGGGGAGCUUUCUCUGCAUGGUGGCUACUAUGACUUUGUUGACUGUACUUUUGAGAAAUGGACACUAGAUUACAAGGGAAGCGUUAUGGAGGGGAAAAACAGAGUUGUAGUGAAGAACCAAUCAUUUUGGUGCUAACUUUCUCCUUACGUCUUCUCUUUAUCAUUUGCCUCUGCGUUCUCCUUACUCUUUAAGAAUGUGCUUGAUUUUUAAAUGACAACACAAUUGACAAUAAUGUUAUUCCUUGUAAUUUCAAGGAAUAACUGCCAUGUAGAAUCUGUUGUAAUAAUAUGUUGCUUCUGUAUCCAUGUUUAAGGGGGGAUCUUGCAAAGGAUGUAGGGGGCUUGGGUUUGGGAGAUUGAUAUUUUAUGCUAUAAUUUUGAAUUCUUUGAUGUUAUCGUAAACUUUUUCGUCAAUAAUACUUUCCACAUUAGUAUUUUUUA